GCUCGCUCUUCCGUAGCGCAUGCGGGUUUGAUUUCGGCCCUUUCGGUGUGUUUAAACAGGAAGGCGGACAUAUUUGUGCGAGUCUUCCCCUCAUUCCCGGAGGAAGCGGCGGCCGGACCUUGCUUCGCUUCAUUUUUGUCUUUUCCUAGCCUCGCUUGGUCCCUUGCCCGGGAGAAGCGGCGUCCCCCGACUGGUCUGUGAGGGAGGGAGAUGGGUGAGGGGCCGGGGCUGGAAGUUGCGGCGAGUUGAAGCGCAGCUCCCGGCUGGGGGCUGAAGUAGGGCGGCGAGUCCCUGCGGGGCCGGUCAGGAGGGGCGCGGGGGAGCCGAGGAGGAGCCGCCGGGAGCAAGCAGCGAGGAAGGAAGAUGCUGCCGUCGCUCCGCUGAAGCCGCCCGUGCCCGAGGGGUGUCGCCGCGCUCGAGGGGGGGGGGCCUCUCCUCCGGAAGUGGGGACCAGGGCGGCCUGCGCAGCUGGCACCCCGCUGCCCAGAGCAGCUUGGGCACAGGGUGGGGGCAGCGCCUGUCCCCGCCCCCCGCCCCGGGGCUCCAUGGAGGGAGUAGCCCCGAGGCGCUGAGGAGUUUCCUGUUUUCAUGGUGGUUUUUGCUUCAAAAGAAAUUGCUCUUCGGGAGCUGGCGCCGAGCAGCAGCAAAAGGAGGAACCGCUCUGCUGGUUCCGAGGGCGGCCGCUUGGCUGGGGGAAUGCAGCUGGCGAGACCGAGGUGGAGCGAGGGAACCCGCGGGGUAGCGAUCGCAGCCUAGAAGCUCGUGUGUGCGGAUCAAGGGGACAGCUUUUCCUGCCCCACUCUCGGCUCUGAAUCUUUUGGGGGAGCGCGUGAGAGUUUCCUGCUCCCCUCCCGCCUACUUCGCUCUCAGGAAGCAUCGUAGCGUGGUAGCUUACCCUGCUUUGCUGUGGAAUAAGGAAAACUUAUUCUCGGAAACAUGUCGACAGGAGAAAACUUUGAGGCUCGGUUUGAAAAAAUCGAUGUGAUGUUAAGGGACCCCAAAUCUGAAGUGAACUGUGACUGCUUACUGGAUGGAUUAGAUGCUUUGGUGUAUGAUUUGGAUUUUCCAGCCUUAAGAAAAAACAAAAAUAUAGACAACUUUUUAAACAGAUAUAAAGACACAAUUAAUAAAAUCAGAGAUUUGCGCAUGAAAGCUGAAGAUUAUGAAGUUGUGAAGGUGAUUGGCAGAGGUGCAUUCGGGGAAGUUCAGUUGGUAAGGCAUAAAUCUUCAAGGAAGGUGUACGCUAUGAAACUGCUGAGCAAGUUUGAGAUGAUAAAAAGAUCAGAUUCUGCAUUCUUUUGGGAAGAAAGGGACAUUAUGGCUUUUGCUAAUAGCCCCUGGGUUGUUCAGUUAUUUUAUGCGUUCCAAGAUGACCGUUACCUUUACAUGGUGAUGGAAUAUAUGCCUGGUGGGGACCUUGUGAAUUUAAUGAGCAACUAUGAUGUUCCUGAGAAAUGGGCAAGAUUUUAUACUGCAGAAGUUGUUCUUGCGUUGGAUGCAAUUCACUCAAUGGGUUUUAUUCACAGAGAUGUGAAGCCUGAUAAUAUGCUGCUGGAUAAAGCUGGUCAUUUAAAACUAGCAGAUUUUGGUACUUGUAUGAAGAUGAAUAAGGAAGGUAUGGUACGAUGUGAUACAGCUGUUGGAACACCAGAUUAUAUUUCUCCUGAAGUAUUAAAAUCCCAGGGUGGUGAUGGUUACUAUGGACAAGAAUGUGAUUGGUGGUCAGUUGGGGUCUUUUUGUAUGAAAUGCUUGUUGGUGAUACACCUUUUUAUGCGGAUUCGUUGGUUGGAACAUAUAGUAAGAUUAUGAACCAUAAGAACUCUCUUACCUUCCCUGAUGAUAAUGAUAUCUCUAAAGAUGCAAAAAACCUUAUAUGUGCCUUCCUAACUGACAGGGAAGUGAGGUUAGGACGAAAUGGUGUAGAAGAAAUCAAGCGACAUCUCUUCUUCAAAAAUGAUCAGUGGGCUUGGGAAACUCUUAGAGACACUGUAGCACCAGUUGUUCCUGAUUUAAGUAGUGAUAUUGACACUAGUAACUUUGAUGAUUUGGAAGAAGACAAGGGAGAGGAAGAAACAUUCCCUAUACCAAAAGCAUUUGUUGGCAACCAGCUACCUUUUGUAGGAUUUACAUACUACAGCAACCAUCAGUGUUUAUCUGCCUCUGCAGAAAAUUCAAAUGACAACAGAACAAGUUCCAGUAUAGAUAAAAGCCUGCUGGAAAAUAUGCAGAAAACUAUCUAUCAGUUGGAAGAGCAGCUUCAAAAUGAAAUGCAAUUGAAAGAUGAAAUGGAGCAAAAGUGCAGGACUUCAAACAUAAAACUAGACAAGCUAAUGAAGGAACUGGAUGAAGAGGGAAAUCAAAGAAAAAAAUUAGAAUCAACAGUAUCUCAGACUGAGAAGGAAAAGAUGCUGCUGCAACAUAAAAUAAAUGAAUACCAAAGAAAAUCGGAACAGGAGAAUGAAAAAAGACGGAAUGUAGAAAAUGAAGUGUCCACAUUAAAAGAUCAGUUAGAAGACUUGAAAAAAAUUAGCCAGCAUUCACAAACUACAAAUGAGAAGAUGACACAGUUACAAAAGCAACUAGAAGAAGCCAAUGACUUAUUAAGGACAGAAUCAGAUACAGCAGCAAGAUUGAGAAAGAGUCAUACAGAAAUGAGCAAGUCCGUAAGCCAGUUAGAAUCACUAAAUAGAGAACUUCAGGAAAGAUGCAGAGUUCUAGAGAGCACAAAAUUGGAAGUGGAAAAGGACUAUUAUCAAUUGCAAGCAGCAUUGGAAGCAGAACGAAGGGACAGAAGUCAUGGAUCUGAAAUGAUUGGAGAUUUACAAGCUCGGAUUACAUCUGUACAAGAAGAAGUAAAAAAUCUUAAAAAUAAUCUUGAAAGAGUGGAAGCGGAAAGAAAACAGGCACAGGACUCACUUAAUCAUAGUGAAAAGGAAAAGAAUAACUUAGAAAUAGAUUUAAACUAUAAACUCAAAACAUUACAACAGCGGUUGGAACAGGAGGUAAAUGAGCAUAAAGUGACUAAAGCUCGGUUAACUGACAAACAUCAAUCAAUCGAAGAGGCAAAGUCAGUUGCCAUGUGUGAAAUGGAAAAAAAAGUGAAGGAGGAGAGGGCAGCAAGAGACAGGGCAGAAAAUCAAAUAGUUCAGAUUGAAAAACAAUGUUCCAUGCUGGACUUUGACCUGAAGCAGUCUCAGCAGAAGCUUGAGCACCUCACUGAGCAAAAGGAGAGGCUUGAGGAUGAAGUUAAGAAUCUAACACUUCAGCUGGAACAAGAAACAAAUAAGCGACUAAUGACACAGAAUGAACUGAAAACACAAGCUUUUGAGGCAGACAACUUGAAGGGUUCUGAGAAGCAGCUGAAACAGGAGAUCAAUACGUUGUUGGAAGCGAAGAGAUUAUUGGAAUUUGAGUUGGCUCAACUCACUAAGCAGUAUAGAGGAAAUGAAGGUCAGAUGCGGGAACUUCAGGAUCAGCUUGAAGCUGAACAGUAUUUUUCGACACUUUACAAAACUCAGGUUAAGGAGCUUAAAGAAGAAAUUGAGGAGAAGAAUAAAGAAACUCAAAGAAAAAUACAGGAAUUGCAAAAUGAAAAAGAAACUAUUACUGCACAGUUGGAUCUAGCUGAAACCAAAGCUGAAUCAGAGCAGUUGGCCCGAGGUCUCCUGGAAGAACAGUAUUUUGAAUUGACUCAGGAGAGCAAGAAAGCAGCAUCAAGAAAUAGACAAGAAAUUACUGAUAAGGACAACAUUGUAAACCGGCUGGAAGAAACAAAUAAUACAUUAACCAAUGAUGUUGAGUUUCUAACAAAAGAAAAUGCAGAGCUCAUUGAAAAAAAUAAGAAACAGGAGGAAG